AUGGAGAAAGUGAGGCUAUGUUUGCUUUUUCUCUUUUCUUUUGCGAGCUUGAUCCAAAGCCUGUUGGCUGACACUGAAAUGUUCGAUGAUUAUUGGGAGAAAAGAGCAGAGGAAUCCAGGAAAGAUGCCCUUGAAGCUUAUCAUCCGAAUCCCUAUGACAUCGUGGAUCACUUUCACCUUCCUACUAACAUGAGCUCUGAGAUUGAGAUGGAGGAGGAGGAGGAAAGCGACAGAGGAAGCUUGGAGGGAAAGAGCAGAGGGAAUAAGUUUUCCAUUUCUGCUAACAUGAGCUCUGAUAUGGAGCAAGAAAGCUUAAGAAGGAGCUUAGCGGGAAGGGGGAGAGGAAAGAAGCACUUGGGUCCAUGCAGAGUCACGAACCCAAUCGAUAAAUGCUGGCGUUGCAGACGCAACUGGGCUAGAAACCGCAAAAAGCUUGCGACUUGUGUUCGAGGUUUCGCUCACAGAACCAGAGGAGGAAUGAGAGGAAGAAUCUAUGUUGUGACAAGCAACAAAGACGACAACGUUGUGAACCCAAAACCAGGUACUCUCCGCUACGGUGUGAUCCAAACAGAACCUCUCUGGAUCAUCUUCAAGCGCGACAUGCACAUCAGGUUGUCCCAGGAGCUGAUGAUCAACAGUCACAAGACAAUCGAUGCUCGUGGAACCAAUAUCCAUAUUGCUUAUGGAGCCGGCAUAACCAUCCAUAGUGUCAAGAAUGUUAUCAUCCAUGGACUUCAUAUUCAUCACAUUGUGGGUAGCCCUGGUGGGUUGAUCAGAGACUCUGUCGCACACUUUGGAAUCCGUACAGCAAGUGAUGGUGAUGGGAUUAACAUUUAUGCGUCCUCUAACGUUUGGCUCGACCAUCUUUCCAUGUCAAGAUGCCAAGAUGGACUCAUUGAUGCCAUCCAGGGAUCCACUGCCAUCACCAUUUCUAAUUGCCAUUUCACCCAUCACAACGACGUGAUAUUGUUGGGUGCCAGCGAUUCAUACAAGGGUGACAAGAUCAUGCAGGUGACAGUUGCAUACAAUCAUUUCGGGAAGGGAUUGGUGCAGAGAAUGCCAAGAUGUAGAUGGGGUUUCUUCCAUGUUGUCAACAAUGAUUACACUCAUUGGGAAAUGUACGCCAUUGGUGGUAGCAUGAACCCCACCAUCUUAAGCCAGGGAAACAGGUUCAUUGCUCCUCCACACAAGCCCUUCUCCAAAGAGGUGACAAAGAGAGACUAUGCUACGCCAGAUAAGUGGAAGAAGUGGAUAUGGAAAUCAGAAAAAGAUGUAAUGAUGAAUGGAGCUUUCUUUGUUCAAUCCGGGAAUCCAAAAUACAAACCUCCAUACUCAAGGAAGGACAUCAUCAGGGCCAAGCAUGGAGUAGCUGCUUCUCUACUCACACGCUAUGCUGGUUCACUUGACUGCUACCGAGGCAAACCAUGCUAG